AUUCGUUCGGAAACCGAUGGAAACAUUCAAUUACAUUUCAGUCCCAAACUUUUUUACUUCAGACCUUCUGAUUCUAAAACUGUAGACGUUACGUCAUAAACCAAACAUUUUCGCGAACAAACGUAAUUGCAAACAUGUUAAGUGUAUGUAUUAUUAAUUGCAGAAGUGACAAGCUAAUUUCCAGGCCCAUCUCAUUUACAGCCAGUCACCAUGGAAACACAUUGAAUUGUUUGCACAAAAGUUUGAAGGGCUUUAUAGCAAACCUUCACAGGUUUUAUAGGUUAAAUAACAUACGUUUCCAGCGCAUUCUGGUGUGAGAGACGAAACUUCUAGCAACUUCACAAAGACAUCAAGUAGCUACUGGGUGUCGCAUGCGACUAGCGGACCGUGGAUUGAGAACACCUGAUUUCACUGUCUGGCUCAGGUGCAGACUCCAAGCCAGAAAAUGGGAGUUUCCAGCGUUACUGUCCUGUUGAUGGUUUUCGUGACAACUUAUGUUGUCCAAGCUACGAAUCCCGCAAGUGAGUUCUUCCAGAUCUGCCACAGGAGUGAUCCGGAUAUUUCGAGCUGCAUUAAGAACACCCUGGAAGACCUGAGACCACUGCUCAUCAAAGGCAUCCCCGAGCUUUACAUCGUGCCAAUGGACCCUCUCAACAUCCCCCGCCUGGGAUACAAAGAAGUGAACGGAAAUUUCGAGAUGGAACAAAUUCUGAGCAACGUCACGAUCCACGGCAUUGGCCAGAGCAAGGUGUUGGAUGUCAGGAUGGAUUUCGACACACUGACGAUGGAGUUACGAAUGAAGAUACCUUCCCUGAUUAUCACCGCUGACUAUGAAAUGAAGGGGAAAGUGUUGGCCUUGUCGAUGGAGGGGAAAGGAGACUGCACACUCAAGUUCACGGAAGUUACGACCACUUGCCGCACUCUGUUUGAAAUGGAAAAUCGGGGAGGUCAGCAGUUCCUGGAGGUCAAGGACCUGAAGUGGACUCUCGGCGCACGAAACAGUCACUUCCAGUUCAACAACUUGUUCGGGGGAGACAAGACACUCGGUAAGAUGGCCAACACGUUCCUGAACGAAAACUCGCGCGAGGCUUUCAAAACUUACAAGCACCUGCCAGAGGAAGGUUUCGGAAUUCUUUUUAAGAAUAUAAGUAACAACGUGUACCGAAAGUUCUCCUUCAAGGAGCUCUUUCCUGAGUAACAGCGUCUCCACGGACGUCAGAAUGAAUCUUCAGAGUACAAUUUCACUUAUUAGCGAAGAUUAGGUUUAUUAACAGAAUGCCGACUACCAUACGUAAUUGGGGCGAUCAGAUCAAGUUUUUCGAGAUGAGCACGAGAAAAGCGUACAAGUAAUUUUAGACUAAAAACCUGCAGGAAAGAAGUCAUUUGAUAAAACUAGAAUCAGAUGGAAUAACAUUAUUAAAACAGAUAUUAAAUACUGGUAUUUAA